UGGCAGUAUUUUGUCAGUCUUAUGCACACCCCUUCAAAUAAAGUGUUACCAAACGUUUUCACAUAAUGUCCUUAAACUUUAAUUUGGGCUGCUUUAUGUGGAUUGUAUGAAAAAGACUAAACGAAAAAUAAAAUCACAUUUGCGGCUGCUUUAUUAACAUUGACCAUCCAUGUUUCCCACAUGUAAAAAGCAUAGUGGGUAAAUGUUUUCAGUUCUCUUUACUCUCUGACAAUCAGAAACUAAAUCCAGCAACAACCAAUUGCUAUUGGAAGUCACUCUGCUGGUAAAUAGAGUCGCACUGUAUGUAAUUUUAGCUCAAUAUAAAUCACAGCUGUUCUGUGAAGUCCUCAGAGGUUUGUCAGAGAACAUUAAAGAACAAACGACAUCAUGGUGAAUAUUAGUUGAAAUGUCCACAAAUUGGGCCUUAACGGAAUGUGGGAGGCAGAGAAAACAUUUGAAAGACAAUCUGCACAAUCUGGAGAUCUCUGGGUCACACGUCAAAUGUUUGGAGCGGCAGGAAUCCAACACUGAUCAUCACACUGAACGCCUCCUGGAGAAGCAUGGUGGUGGCAGCAUGAUGUGGUGGGGGAGCUGUUAUUUUCAGCAGGGACAGGGAAGCUGGUCAAAGUGGAUGGGAAGAUGGACGGAGCUAAAUAGGGCAGUCCUGGAAGAAAACUUGCUAGAGGUUGAAAAAGACUUGAGAGCAGGUUUACUUUCCAACGGGGCGACAACAAAGAACCAGGGCUACAAUAAAAUGAUUUGGAUCCAAGCAGAGAGUCAUAUGUUAGAAUGACCCAAUCAAAUUCCAGACAUAAAUUAAGUUACAAAAAAAGUCUUUGGUACUAGUCGGACGUUCCUUAUCACAGAAGCUCUCCAGCUAAUAUCACUGAACUUCAGCUCCUCAGUAACAAAGAACAAUAGUCGUGUUGAGUCUUUACAUGACAGAGAAAUAAAACAAAAGUUCUGUAAGUACAGCAAGAAAUAUGUCUAUAAGGCAAUAACUCAGGUAGGUUGUAUGAAACUGUGUGGCGUGUAUUUCCUACCUCAACAUUACUUAGUGUUGGUCUGUCACACGCCGUCCCAAACAAAUUCACUUGAGCUUGGGAUUGUAAUGUGGUAAACCUCAAGGGCUGUGAACCCUCUUCAUGCAGGGCCAUGUAUCCUUUCAAACCUGAAUGCCUGAUUGAUUUUAUGAAGUCAUAUAUGUCAGAGAUGAGACAAUGGUGUCAAAACUGCUUUUCAAUUAGCAGCUGUCUCUUAUUGCCCCCCAGUUGUCUCAGCUGUGAAUACACUGCAGAGGUUUUAAUGAAUGUGAACAGCAAGGACUCCCAGGUGAUCCACUGGUGCUGCGGAGUGAUAAUGAAAAGGGCGGGUACUUUGGAGGAACUCGUCCCAUGCUGCUGCCUCCCCCCAAUUAUUCAUUCAUCGGAGGUGAUGUGCGACCGGAGAAGCACGCUCGAUGUUUGCUCAGUCAGCCAGCUGAGCAUGUUGAUUCUCUGAACUCGGAGAUGAGAGGGGCGCCCACAUCUAUAGGAGGCUCUGGGAACGUCACCGUUUGGGAGGCCUACAUUGACUUUGCCCUCGUGGUGACAAACAGUUUCGUUCUGCUGAUCACCUCCGCUGUGGGAGCAGCGGCGAACGUUUUUGUGAUCCUGGCGGUGUGUCACCAAAAGUCAAUGCAAACGUCCAUCAACGCGCUGGUGGUGAACCUUGCCGUCGUGGACUUUCUGCGUUGCACCGUCGACUGCCCGGUUCUGCUGCACGUGAUUGUGACCCUGCACCGUGGAGGGCAUGUGGACCGUCUGAUCUGUGAAACGCAAGCGGCCUCCUUCUCCUUCAGCUGCUGCAUCCAGCUGUCCACGCUGGGCUGCAUAAGCGCAGAGAGAUACCAGGCGAUCGCGAAUCCCUUCAAAACAACUCAACGAAAGCAACGGAUGAUGGCACUGAUUCCUCUGACGUGGCUCCUGGGAGUUUCAGUGGCUGCCGUUUGUCAGGUGUUCUUGAAAGACUCACCUGUGUACGUAAGAUGUAAAGAGGGCCAGAGAGAAACGUCCACAACCUACGACACCGCUGGUCUCUAUGUGCUGCUCCCUCUCUGGGUGUCCUGUUUCGGGGUGAUCACUGGCUUCUACGCUCGCAUUUUUGCUCUACUGAGGUCACACAAUCGCAAGAUAUUUGAUGAAGGCACUUCUGUUCCUUCAAAAGACUCAAAGGAAGACAAGCACACCCCUGCAGUGGAAAAUGGGCAAGACAAAUGUGAGAACAAGCAGAUCCUGAGUACAAGUGUUGUUGAGCCAAGUCCAAUUGGUAAGAAUUCCCUCCUGACCUCGGAGGGCGCCCCACAAAGCGCCUCCAUUACUCCUGAAAGAAAAAACGAGUUUAAGAUUACAGUAGAGAUGAGUCACUUGAAGAAAGAACAACUCCACCCUCUUGCAGAGCAGGACGCACUGCAGACUGUGGAGAAAAUGUUAAAAACGGAGCAAAGCAGUGCUGACAAAACAGAAGCAAAAACCUCAAAUCAGAAUACGCCUGCUGACAGAGAGACACAGGAGAAGUCAAGAAGCUUUAACCGAGAAAAUCAGACCCGAGAAAGCCCAAAACCUGAAAGUCCAGUCAAAGAGAACAGCCUCCUUAUUGUACCAUCUACUCAAUCAGAGCUUCCUAAAUCUACCUCCGUCUUAUUAACUGUUCUAAAACAAGAAAACAACAGCAGCGGCGGAGAAACACAGGCAGCGCCUACGCUAGAUCAAGAGCCUCCACUGCCUCCUGUCCAGAGUAAUGGAGCUGUAAACCAGGAGGUCCAGUUGGAGGGGGCUGUCUGCGUCAUGCCUUCAAAGGCCAGCAAGGAGAGAGCGAGCAAAAGGAAGGAAACUAAAAUGGCCAAACGCGCCGGGUAUAUCAUCAUAACCUUCCUUUUGUUCUGGCUGCCGCUGAUCACAACCAUCCUGGUGAAUUUUCUUGUCCACAAAAACAGAAAAAUGCAGAAGCCAGUCAUUCAAGACAUGGAGAUCCUGUCAGUGUCUGUCUCCUGCAUCACAUCCCUGAGUGACCCGAUAAUAUACGCUGCAGUGAACCCGCAGUUUCGCUCAGAGUUUUACAAGCUAAGGAGCUGGGUUAAAUCCAGAUUCUAUAGGAAGUGA